GGAGGGGCGACCAGGAAGCGGAGCUGAGCCUGAGGAGGACGCGUCGAGCCCAGGCGGGGGUGUAAAGGUGACCGGGCAUCUGGAGCCCCCAGUUUCUUCCCUUCCCCACCCCCGAGUAAGGGGUCCCUUCGCAGCUGGGAGCCAGGAAGCCCUGUCCUAGUUCACGGGCAAGGGGGUGUGUCUACCUAGCGCGGAAGCGUUUGAGGGUCUUUCUGAGCCCCUCAGGCUGCAGGGAGCCCCUGAGGAUGUGGAACCCCAAUGCCGGACCGAAUCCAUACCCCCCUAACGCGGGGUGCCCAGGAGGUUCCAAUCCCGCCUAUCCACCUCCACCUGUCAAUCCUCCCCUUCCUCAAGGCCCCUUUCCCACUCCCCCAGGAGCGCCCCAGGGGAACCCAGCUUUCCCCCCAGGUGGGCCCUAUCACCCUGUGCCACAACCAGGGUAUCCAGGAUGCCAGCCCGUAGGUCCCUACCCUCCGCCAUACCCACCAUCUGCCCCUGGCAUGCCUCCUGUGACUCCCUUGGCUCCAGGAGUAGUAAUGGACAAGAAAAUGCGGAAGAAAAUGAAGAAAGCGCAUAAGAAGAUGCACAAGCACCACAAACAUGGCAAGCACUCCUCCUCCUCCUCCUCCUCUUCCAGCAGUGACUCUGACUGAAUACAGGGCUGGACCCUUCCCUCAAGUCUCUCCAGCUCUGCUCUCCCAUGAAGCUUCAGAUACCACCUUGUACUGGGGGAAAUUCACUCUUGUCUUCUCCCUGGACUUCCCCACCACCACCAUCUGAGCCUCGCUCUGUUCGGUCAUAAUUAGCUAGGGAAAACCAAGCAAGAGUCGCCAUGGACUAACAGGGCCCAUCUUGUCACUGCUUGGUUAGAACUUACAACUGAUGAGUUUAGAAGAGAACUGUUUUGUGAAGAUGGUGAGAGCUUUGCAUUAAAUGCUGAAGAUUCUAAGAUCUGUAAAAUGUGAUUUUGUACUUUCUUUUUUAAUACUUGUGGUGGAGGAGAUGUGGAAAUUUAAUUAUGUUGAAAUAACUAACCUGCUCUCUUUUCUAAUGAUGGUUCACUGGUGAUUUAGUGCCAGACCCAUUUCCCAGAGGCCUCUUGCUGAUGGCAAGGUUGCGGGAAAGUGGAGUCCUUUGGUUGAUGAACUUUGAUUGCCGUUUUGGAACCCGAUCUCAGGUGCUCACUGCUUCGUCCAAAUAAAGUUGUUUCUCCUGGUCUCUG